AUGACGAUCAGCUAUUCGGACACAUUCGUAAGACUGUUGUUUCGGUGGAAAGGUUCACUAUGGAAAGCGAUAUGGCGACAUUUACUCGUAUUUCUAUUUCUUUACUAUGCCAUCAAUGGAGUUUAUCGGUUUAUAAUGACACAAAAGCAGCAAGAGAUGUUCGUUAAAUACGUAAUAUUGUUUGACAGUUGGACGAAAGAGAUCCCCGUUAACGUUUCUUCUAGGGUGGUGGCGAAUUGCUGCCAGUUGAUUAGCUGGCCUGAUCAUCUCCUCUACAACGUCUCAGCAUUGAUACGAGGAAAUGAUCCAGAAACGCGUAUUAUUCGAAGGACGAUAGCCCGAUACGCCAUUUUGUCAUCGGUACUGGCAUGGCGAAGCAUAUCGUUACGGGUUCUUGCGAGGUAUCCAACAGAUGAACAUCUCCUUGACUCGGGUUUGAUAAAUAAAGAAGAGUUGGCGUUGUUCAAGACUAUUCACGUGCGUGUCGAUCCCCAUCAGAAAUGGUUUGUGCCGAUCAAUUGGAUUCAAACGAUGAUGGUCCGCUGCUUUGAGAAAGGAACUUUGGGUCAUACAAACGAACUACGUGUGCUACUGGAUGCUCUUGAAAAGUAUCGAAAUGGUUUCUUCCAGUUGUUCAUUUAUGACUUGGAUCGCCAUUCCACUGGUUUACACCCAGGUUUGUGGCACUCUAUUUGA